GUAAUCCCCGUCCGGAGUGACGUCACCCUGGCUGUCUCCAAAGCGUCGCGCGGCGUCGUGCGUUCGGCCAGUGUUCAUCCCGGGACGCAACAUCAGGGGCUCAUCGUUCCUCUGAUCGCUUCACUUCGGACACUUUGGGAAACUAACAACAAUGGGCUGCUUCGAGUGCUGCAUCAAAUGUUUGGGCGGGGUGCCGUAUGCGUCGCUGGUGGCGACCAUCCUCUGCUUCUCCGGCGUCGCCCUGUUCUGUGGGUGCGGCCACGUGGCUCUCACCGGCACCCUGACCAUCCUGGAGACCCACUUCUCCACGGUCACCAGUGAUCACGCCAUGCUGACUGACGUAAUACAGCUGAUGCAGUAUGUCAUCUACGGCAUCGCUUCGUUUUUCUUCCUGUACGGGAUCAUCCUGCUGGCGGAGGGCUUCUACACAACCAGUGCAGUCAAAGAACUGCACAGCGAGUUCAAGACCACCAUCUGUGGACGCUGCAUCAGUGGAAUGUUUGUGUUCCUCACAUACAUCCUGGGCGUGGCCUGGCUCGGCGUGUUCGGCUUCUCCGCCGUGCCGGUCUUCCUCUUCUACAACAUGUGGUCUUCCUGUGCCACCAUGAGGUCUCCCACGGUCAACCUCACCGACGUCAACUCCAUCUGCGUGGAUGUCCGUCAGUAUGGAAUUAUCCCAUGGAACGCCGUGCCUGGCAAGGCCUGUGGAUCAACGCUAGGGGACAUCUGUGCAACCAGCGAGUUCUACCUGUCUUAUCACCUAUACAUCGUAGCGUGCGCCGGCGCAGGAGCCACUGUGAUCGCUCUGAUCCACUUCCUCAUGAUUCUCUCAGCAAACUGGGCCUACCUUAAGGAUGCCAGUCAAAUGCAUGCCUACCAAGACAUCAAAAUGAAGGAAGAGCGGGAGCUGCAGGACAUCACGUCACGCUCAAAGGAAUGCCUCAAUUCCUACACAUAAGGAUACACACUCCCAAACCAUACGACCACACACACACACACACACACACACACGUUCAAAGACACAUUGACACUGCAGCCAACCACUUUGGACCACGACAGCGCUCUGCUUAAAUACUCUGCCCACUGCCGUGGCUCCGUGCGCUACUAACCAGGCUCCUAACAAACUAACGCAUCGGUGCUGCUUUCUGCACUAACUCACCGAGAAGUGUUUCAGAACUACUACUUACAUUUUUGUUCAUGCUUUUUAUUUUUUCCAAGGAUAAACCACAGGUUUGAAUUCUUACAUUCAUGUUAGUGUUUGAUUUUUCUCUUACCCUUUUAUUUUUUUCAAUCAAAGCUUGAGACAUUGCACUAUUCUUAAUGUUGUUUUCCCUUCUUGCUUUGUCUUUUUUAUGAGCUGCGGUUUUCAACAAGGGAAUGUAACCUUUUUCUUUGCUCUUUAAAAAAAAAUGCAGAUUAAUCAUACACAAGAUGAAAGGCCUUAUAUUCAGAGUUGGUGUGUUAUGUCCAUACAGCAUGUAAAAAGAACCAUUACAUUAUAAAGUACUGACACCGGACUGUGUCAAAAGACACUGCUUUAAUUCACUCAUUCAAUCUCAUCUUAAUGUUGAUAAUUGGCUCCACGUUCUAAUUUCCGCUGUACAGCGAAUUAAAAGUCACGCAGAAUGUUCAUGGCCUCCAUGAACACUACCCCAGGUUUGCACCAGAGCCUAUGGAUCAAUUUAACUGGAACAAACACCACUAAAACUAUGGUUUUAAAUCCCUGACAUCAUCAAACGCACCGGGAGCUCCUCAACAUCACAGUAUCUCAGAUCUAACCUUUCCAAACAAUGCUAUCCUUGCUCAAUGUAACCGUAGACAAUAAUCAGACAAAAAUGUGUUCAAUUAAUAAAAAAAUGUGGUUCGUGUAUGUUCAUUCAGGCAAAUGAAAAAAAAAUCAAGGCAGCUUUUUAGCUCAUUAUCUAUUGUAAUAGCUCACCAUAUACUGUACUAUAUGAUACAAAUUGACUUACUUAUAAAGCAGGUGUAACUAUGUCAUUGGUAUUAUUGAAAAACCUACAGAACUUAAGGUGUGAAAAAAGUUAACUUGUCAGGUUCGUAGGUAUUUUUUUGUUAUUUUGAAAGAUAAAAUUAGUUUUGUUCUUCAUUUUCCAUUAUUGCACCGGUUUUUGAUGUGAAAUUGUCAUAAUGUUGACAUAAUUACUCAUGUAAUCUUCAAUUAUUUUCUAUUAGUUGAGUUACCAGGAUAAGUUUACUUGUUGCAUGAAGACAACUGUUUCUGCAGUGACACGUGAUGUGCGGUCAUGUAUACUGACAUCAGUAGUAGGCAGUGUUUGCCUGUUUCCUUUUUAUUCUAAAUGCAGUCAAAUUAAUCCGUUUUAUGUAUAAUUAGUUAUAGUGUUUUUAUUCUUCAAGUCCCAGGUACAUGGGUCUCAUAUAAUGUUUUGCUUCAUGGCAUAACUGUAUUUUCUAUGAAUGUCAAGGGCUUCUUUGUGACUUACUGAUGCUCAACUUUUUAUUCAACUUUCAAAUCAAAGUGAGUUGCAACACCGGUCAUUUAUAAAAUUGUAGGGUAAAUUUAUCCAAAGUAUAAAUGUCAUUGUGACUAUCUGGGAGAUGUCACUGGACAAAACCUGCAUAGUUCUCUGCAGGACUAAAAGCCACAGGUGCACAGAGGCUAAGGAGAUAGAUGUCAGAUGUACAACAUGGAGCUGAUGUGCGUCCCAUCUCAUCUCCGGAUGCUCCGGUGUUUCCUGUUGAAUUAACCAAAAACUAAAAGAAUAAAGGCUACCUGUCAAUCACCAGGAGGACAACAAUCCAGCAGCCUGUCUGACUGGAAACCCCUUUACGACAUUACCUAACUGGCCUGAUGACUGUUUUUAUGAAAAUAAAAAAAUACAAAUAAAAAGAAA